AAUAAUUUGUGAAGCCUCCUAAAGCAUUUUGUCAUGCACCUCGUGUGCAAUGCCAAGCCACUCUUCUCCUCGACUGCAUUCCGCGCGUCAACCUGCGCCGCCGCCGCCGCUCCGCCGUGCCGCCUCACAGCAACAACCACGUCCGACCACACAGAAAACCUCCUUCUCUCCGCUCUUCUGAGCCGCCGUUUCGCCCGAGGCCCUUCACUCCAAGUUCACUCCCUACUCCUCACCACCGCUCUCCACCGCAACCACAUCGGCGCCGCCGGUAUCAGAGUCUGGAACACCCUCUUACGCCACUACGCGCUGGGAUGCUUCCCCGACGAGGCCAUCCUCCUCUACAAGCAAAUGGAGCAGCUCUGCUGCCGCCCCCUCCCCACCGACACCUUCACAUUUUCCUUCCUCAUCAAGGCCUGCGCUAAUCUAUCGCUCCCGUGCACUGGUAGCCAGUUCCAUGGCCUCUCACUGAAGAAAGGUUUGUGCUCCGACAUCUAUGUCGAUACAGCUCUCGUCAAUAUGUAUUCCACCUGUGGAUCCUUGCAUGAGGCACAGAGAGUGUUCGACGGAAUGCCGCACCGGAACUCUGUUUCUUGGAACGCCAUGCUGACCGGUUUUGCAUGCUGGGGCGAGCUUGCCUCUGCUCGAUCGUUGUUUGAGCAAAUGCCUCACAGGAAUGUGAUCUCCUGGACCGGCUUGAUCGACGGGUAUACCCGUGCUUGCAGGCCGCUCGACGCUUUGUCUCUGCUUGGGCAGAUGAUGGCGGAAGGCAUCAUGCCAACAGAGAUUACAGUGUUGGCCGUAGCCCCUGCAAUCUCCAACCUCGGAGCCGUCCUCAAUGUCGAAACAUUGCACGCUCACUGUGACAAAUGUGGCCUCUGUUUGUUAGACAUUCGGGUGCAGAAUUCCCUGAUCGACAUGUAUGCUAAAUGCGGCUCCAUCGAGAGCUCGUUCAAGUUCUUCGAGCACAUUGGCAGCCGGAGGAACGCAGUCUCGUGGACCUCGAUCAUCACCGGAUUCGCAGCGCACGGGAUGGCGAAUGAGGUGGUGAAACUGUUUGACGAAAUGCUCCGCGCAAAUGUUAGGCCGACUCGGGUGACAUUCUUGAGCAUGUUGAAUGCUUGCAACCACGGAGGCCUAGUGGAAGCAGGAUUGAGAUUCUUCAUGGCCAUGGUGUACGAGUACCGCAUCGAGCCGGAGACGAAGCACUACGGCUGCUUGAUAGACCUUUUGGGAAGGGCAGGCAGGUUGAAAGAGGCAGAGGAAGUGAUUGCAGGCAUGCCAGUGGAAGUUAACGUGGUUGUGUGGAGGACACUUCUUGGUGGCUGCAGCAAGCACGGCGAGGUAGACAUCGGCAAGAGGGUGAUGAGGAGGAUACUGGAAUUGGAGAAGGGUUACAGUGGAGACUAUGUCGUGUUGUCCAACAUGCUCAUCGAGGCUGGAAGGUUCGAUGAGGCAGAGGAUGUGAGGAAGAUGAUGGAUGAAAGGAACGUCGUAAAGAUCCCCGGUGUCAGUUUGAUUUCUUGAUGAUUGAAGGGACCUUGAGGCUCUUCACCAUUGGAAUCAUAUGUACUUGUAAGAAAGUAAUGCCAAUGAUAUUGAGGCUGAUUUAGCCCAAAACA